UGCACUCGGAAUUUUCGCUCCCGUAGGACUCGAUCGACGAGAGUUUGGCAUGAAUGUGGACUCGCUCACACGCGAAGAGGCACUGGAACUCUUUUUCAGCCUGCCAGAUGAGUCCGAAACAAGUGAGGACGAGGCACUGAGUAGCGAGGAUGAGUUCGUUCCGGAGCUUGCACCACCAGAUUCGAGUCCCGACGAAGAUGAUAACGAAGCAGGUCCAUCAACAAGCAAACGCAAGAAACGGCGACCAACAAUUUCAAAGAACAGGAAAAAAAGCAAGCGGGAAACAGUCGAGCCUUAUCACGAAGUAGGUGACGUGCUAGGAGAGGAAGUUGGUGACAAGUGGAGUACAAAUGAACCGCCGAUCCGCGUUGGGAUUCCAAAAUCAUGGGACCCUCACUUCUCAACAAAGGCCGUGGUGCGGGCAGCCGACUGUUUUGAUCUGUACUUCGACGAUGAAGUGUUGGAAAUGAUUGUAGAGCGCACAAACCGUGCCGGGGCACUAAAAUACCCUAAGAAGUGGGCGGUGCUCACAAGUGAUGAGCUGCGCGCUUAUUUUGGAUUGCUGUUUCUGAUGAGCGUGUCACCACGACAUCACUUUUAUCAUUACUGGAGCCGUGAUUCUCUUUUCAACUGCGAAGAAAUCGCCAAAGUGAUGUCUUUCAAGCGCUUCCAGUAUAUCAUGAAUUCCCUUCGUGUAAACGACCCAAGCAAAGAAAAGAAAAGAGGAGAAGAUGGUUAUGACAGGCUUGCUAAGCUGCGUCCCCUUAUUGAUAAACUGAACAAGAAAUUUCAGGAAGAAUACUCGCCGUCAUCUCACCAGGCAAUUGACGAGAGCAUGGUUGCUUUCAAAGGAAGAUCUAGUAUGAAACAGUACCUUCCAAUGAAGCCCAUAAAAAGAGGGUAUAAAGUCUGGUGCAGGGCCGACUCAAAGACGGGCUAUUUGCUGCAAUUUCAGGUGUAUGAAGGGAAGAACGCACAAAGACCGGCCAAUCAAAGCCUUGGUGAGCAUGUCGUUCUUUCUCUGUCAGAGAACGUGCAGCCUGGAACGCGGCUAUUCUUUGAUAACUAUUUUACCUGCACUCGCCUAAUGGAAACUCUCGCUGAGAGGAGCAUCCUAGCCGCAGGGACGGUUCGCACCAACAGAAAGGACUUGCCCGAAGAACUAAAGCGAAACAACAAGCUAAAGAAGGGAGAAUACCUGUGGCGCUCCAAAGGUCAGGUCACAGCCUAUCAGUGGCGUGACACUAAAGAUGUUCACCUCUUGUCGAAUUUCCAUGAUCCGACGGAAACUGUCGAAGUGUCACGGAAGCUUGCCAAUGGCUCUUCGGUGGCUGUGAUCUGCCCAAAAGCACUGGCAGACUACAACAUGUCGAUAGGAGCCGUAGACAAAUUUGAUCAAAAGCGAAAUGCCUACACUUCUGAUAGGCGUUCCAAGAAGUCCUGGUAUAGGAUAUUUUAUUUUCUCUUCGAUGCUUCUGUCGUCAAUGUAUUCAUUCAAUACUGCGCCAACAAUGACAUAACAUACUUGUGGUUCCGGCUUGUUCUAGGACGGCAACUCAUAAAUGGACAAAGGUUCAGGCACUACACUAGCACAGGACCAUUCCGGAAGAACAAGGAGGGCCGAAAGAACGGCCAAAAAAUGGUUGGAGUCUCGGAGGAAAUUCGGUUCACAGGGAGCGGCCACAAUCCACAAAAAGUGCCCACAAGGUGAAGGUGCAGGUGGUGCUCCACCACAGGAAAUGAGGUCCGCACAAAGUUCAUGUGUGGGGUGUGCAAGGUGCCCCUGUGUGCCACUUGUUUUGGUGCCUUUCACACUAAAUAGGCACAAAAGUGAUCUUAGCAGGGUGCCUUCAUGAGACAACGGGACAGUGUUGUCCCACUUCCGAAAUCCACGGAAUGUGCCAAUGGGACAUAUACGUCCCACUUUUUUCUAAUAAACUAGGCAUGUUAUAAUUCUCAAACUUGUUUAGUAUCAUUUGUGAAGCCUUCAGGAGCUCAAAAAAGCAAAGCAUUUCCCUUUUUUGCUAGAAAACCAUAUAUGAACUCAC